AUGGCGACGCCAUCGCAGGAUAUUCACUCCACCUCACAUUUCCCAAACAUCUUUCCAGCACCAACAAACCCAUCACCACCAACCGCCGAACCUCCAGCGCUACAUCCUACUCCUACCCCACCUCCUGCCGUAGCAAGUCCUCAGGGCGUUCGUCGGCGCUUCCAAUUCCAACCGCCGCCGCUUGGCGUUGGCAUCGGCGUCGUCGCGGACGUUGUUCGUGCUCGGGCCCUGGCGCAAGGGAACUUCGAGCUGGGUAGUCGAGAUCAACAACAAGAGCGAGAAAAAUCGGACAACACCGAAUGGAAUCGGAAUGAGCGUCUAUCCCAACUAGACCAGGAUGAAGCCGUCCGUGGACAACCGGAGAGGGGCUCAGACUCGACCCAAGUCUCGCCCUCUCUGACGGAGCCUAACCGGAGGAAACGUAGUACGGGUUCGACCGAAGCGAAUCUCGAUCUCUGGAAACGCCUUCCUUAUGCCGAAGGGUGUAAGCCUCUCCAUCUCUACAGAGACAGUGACCCCUCGCUGAUACAACACUAUCCACUCCUUGUUCUUUCGCUUUGGCCGCUCUCCAGAUCCAGACUGCAACUACGUCGACAACUCAAUCUUGACCUGCUACCCUCAAUCCAACACGACCCUCGUUCAAUCCGUCUGGUCGAAAGUGAUCUUCAACGCCCAAUACCCCCUCUUUAUCGGUUCCGGAGGGAUCGACGCUUAUCUCUACCGAGCCGAUUCCGAAACGCUCGCCACCUCCUACCUCGGUAUCGAGACUGCGCGAGGAAUGUUCGCGAUCCGUCCGGAUGACGAUUGGUGGCCUGUGAAUCAGACGAGUUGGGUUGAGGGCACGAAUCAGACUUGGAGGUAUUACUUUGUGGUGGUGAGCAAUGGGACGAAGUUGAAUGGGGGGGAGACGCAUCAGCGGACUUUUAGGGCCGUUCGUGAGUUGAAUCUUGGCAAGCUCGGCACCGUCCACUCACUUGGUGUUUCGGGCUGACGAACGAUCCUUGAUUUUAUGAAACAGAGACAGCAGCCCCUUCAACCCUGAUCUCCUCCUUAUCCUCCCUCUCGGCCUCGGCCUCCGCCGCCUCCGCUUCCGCCUCCGCCAACUCCGCCGGCGCCUCCCCCUCCCCCAACUCUCUCUCCUCAGGCCCUAAAUCCACCUCCCCUACCCCCACCUCCAACAAUCUCCAACAACCUUACCCCGGCCCUUCCCUCGCUCUACCCUCCUGGGCAAUCGCCCUAAUCGUCAGCUUGGGCGUCUUGAUCGUUUUGUUGUUGGUCAUUCUAGGUCUGGUUCGGAAGCGGCGAAGACGGGGGACUAGGGAGUGGUUUUCACGAAGUGGAAGUAAGGAUAAAGAUGAAGAAGGGAAGGAGGAUAGUGGGGAGCGUACACCGAGUUUAUCAAAUGAAUGUGAGGGAGGGGAAAUGGUAGAAGGGGAUCGGUCGGGCGGCACGUCGAGUCUGACCCCUAUCACGACCUCGAUAGCGACGAAAGCUCCGCGAAGAUCUUUGAUUUCCCGCCCCCGACCCUUCACCUCUAAUCAAGACUAUCAAGCAGUAAGGGGAGGUCCGGGGAGCAGAAAGAUGCAAGACCCGACCGUGGUCGGUUUAUUAUCCCCCGUCGAUGCGGAGAUUAUUACUAAGGCUUUCAAGGACGAACUGAGGAGACCUGAGGCUGGGGAAGAGGAUGACUCGGAGGGGUAUGCGGGUAGGGAGUGA